GACAACAGGACUUUUAGGCUGAGCCACAUUUAUUACGAUGUUGCUUUGGAAAGAGGUUAACGACAAAGAUGAAGACGCUGAUUCCCAUAGCAGGUGUCUUUGCACUCUUGCUAGAUAGCGCAACACACGGCGGACACCGGUCUAGAGCCGACGUUGGAGCGGAUGUUGGUGGUGAUGAUGGUAAUGAUGUUGUUGGUACUGAAGUCGUUGUUGUCUGGCAGGAUGAUGAGACAGGAGAACAAGAGAAGGACAUGAUGAUGAUGGCGCACACGAUGGUAAAACGAGGUACACGAGCAUCUAGAAUGCAGACUAUGCACAAAAACAAAGAUCGAUUGAUUCAGAGACAACGAACUCUUUUCAGUGAAGAUUUUCAAGCUUUUGAAAUGCGCAACCACUGGAAACAUGUGAAGGAAAUAAGACGCAUGGCCAAGGAUAUAUUGGCAGAAGGUCAUGGAAAUGAAGAUUUUGAGAACAUAUCUGGCCAAUUCGACGAGACACUUAUACCAUAUUACGAAUCAGUGAUACAAGCCAUGAAAAAAGAUCAAAGAGAACACAAAAGGAAGGGGACUAGAGGUAACACGAGAAUGACAAGGCGGAGACAUCGAAAGCAGCGGAAGGGUGGUGUACAAAAGGAUUUUGGCAAACUGGGAAAACCCAGAAGCCCUAAUGAAGGUCAUAGGCGUAAAGAAGAGAAGCCUUAUGGGCAAGAUUAUGAGAAAUACCAACAGCUACUGCUUAGAAGAAUAGACGGCGAUAGAAGCAAUACUAGAGGUCAUAUGGGCAGACAAGGAAGACCAAUGUCAAAACUAAAAGUCGGGAACAGAAGUAGAAAGGGUAAAUUGCCGAUUCGAAUGUCAGGGAUUGGCGAAAAUCUACCUGGCAUGGAUCAACAUCAUCACAAAGAAAUGAGGCACGUGACUGAUAUACAAAGCGAUGAUAAAGAUGAACCGCAAAGCCGCAACAAACUCCUAUUCGGAAGACGAGGCGAGGCGAGCAAACAUGCUGGAGGUCAGAUGGGGACACAAGGAAGUCACAAUAAGUCAACAAUAUCAGACGAGGACUCGAGUAGAACCGACAACUGGAUAGCUCGGCACAUAAAGUUAGCCAUAGAAAAAAUGAAGCCUGACAUGAAACGGCCUAAGCACACAGAAAUGAGACGCAGGACUGUAGAACAACCUGGCCUGGAAGAGAAGCGGCCAAACCAGAUACGUCGCAUACUUGAACGUCGAGUCCAAGAUGAUGGCAACACUGCAGGUGGUCCUGGCAAACACUGGCGAGCAAGGUCUAUUCAACGAGGCGAGAACAGAGGUGGAACAUCACUUUUCAAUCCACCGAGAGUAAUAUCUAUAAAUGCUGACCGCCAGAGAUCAAUGCUUAAAAGUGGGAAUAUGUUCGGACAACAUGACCAACGGAAACCUAUGAGGCGAGACCAAGAGGCUGGUGCAGGUGGUCUGCAAUAGAAUCUCCUUCCACAGUAACUGCGACAUCUCUGCCGUGUGGUUUCGACCCAGUGCUCCAACCAACUCUAUGCUUCGCUUAUCGUGUGUUGACCCGUUGUCUUCCGACUCCGCCCAACUCUACGCUUCGUUUCUCGCGUUUCGACCUACUUUAUGUGUGACCGACUAUCUUCUUCUCUUAGUUAUCUUAAACAGGGUUUCAGUUUAAUAUUUCAUGGAUGACUCGAUAAUUAAUAUUUUUAAUGCCCAGUAAAAUAUACUGCAAAUACAAUACGACAAUUCAGUACGUAUUAUUAAUAUUGUUUGGACAAAAAUAACUGUUGGAAAUAAUCAGGACUUCUGUCAGAGUAAACUUAUCCUAAAAUCUUGAAAAUUACUGUAUGUAUAUUAUAAUGUAGGUUUUUUUUAGGAUAUUACCUAAAACAACUGCAUAUAUCCCAAUUUCUAAGUAGGGUUGGAUUCCUGGAAACACUUUUUAUUAUUAUUUUUUUUUAUUAUUAUGUCCAUGGAUAAAAUCGCACACAAAUAAAUAAAUAAAUACCAUAGAACUGUGUCCAUUUGUCCGGUGCGGCGUGCAGUGCUGCUGCGUCUUUGCUGAGCGGAUCAUGAAGCGGUAGGUACCGGAGUUUGUUUUGUUUAACGACACCACUAAA